CUUUGAGGGUUAACCCCACUUUUUAUUGCCAAAAUGUAAAUAUUGUUUUAUGAUUUAUACUAACGACGGUGUUAAAAUGUUUAAGGAAAGUUUUAAAUAUUAUAAGUCAAAAAAUCCUUUACCUAGUUUUGAAGAUGUGGUUGAUUUUAGUGACAUUCAAAAAAUUUCCAACAAGGUGACUAAAUGUAAGAUAAAUCCCCGUGAAAUCAGUUUUUUUGGACUGACAUCACCAACAACUUGGGAAGUGUAUGAACUAAUUGAUAAUCCAGGCCUAAUUUUUAUAAAAAACCCUUUUACUCCACUUGGACAAAGAUACUGGACUGUGAAAUGUCUAAGGGACUACACAAGAAAACCCAACAAAAGUAAUUUAGAUGCCUUAAAACUUGUACCUGUAGAUAGCGAAUGGUGGGACAUGUGCCAAAAUAAUAACAAUCAAUUACUUAAAAAAAUGAGGUGGAUAACACUAGGGUAUCAUCAUGAUUGGGACACCAAAGUUUACUCAGAAGAUAACAGGAAUGAUUUUCCUGAGGAUUUGGGAGAUUUGACUACAUUUAUUGCCAAUGCACUUGGAUUUUCAAAUUUCAAAUCAGAAGCUGCUAUUGUAAAUUACUACCACUUGGAUUCAACUUUAUCUGGACACACAGAUCAUUCUGAAAUUAAUUUAGAGGCACCACUGUUUUCUUUUAGUUUAGGUCAGACAGCGAUUUUUUUAAUUGGCGGCAAAACAAGGGAGGAAAAACCCUCAGCAAUUUUUCUUAAAAGUGGAGAUGUGGUAGUCAUGAGUAAAGAAUCAAGAUUAUGUUAUCAUGGAGUUCCCAAAAUACUUAAGACUGAAUCAAAACCUUGGCAAUUAAUUGAUUAUGUUGAUAAAAAUGUGCCAGAUGAUUACAAGGAUGUUGUAAAUAUUUGUAGAGAUGAAAAAAUGUGGAUGCCAUUUGAGGAGUAUCUGAGUCAGUCAAGAAUAAAUAUUAAUAUUCGACAAGUAUUAAAACGAGGACAGAAGAGACUUUACAAUGAUCUAUAAAUAUAAUUUCUGGUGAUAUAUAUUGUAUAAGUACAUAUUUAUUUACAUUACAUUAA